ACCCAGUUGUUUUUUAAUGUUCACAACAAAGCAUUCAUUGAAUUCUGUGUCGGGUUACGUAGAUCUGUAUUUCUUAUUCAUUUUCAAAUUAUUUUUAUUCAAAUCAUGAUGAUCUAUUUAUGUUAUAUCCUCUUUUUAAUCCCAUUGGCCGAGACCAGUAGCAAUGACACGAGUGAUAACGCGACUAAUAGUGCUAGUGAUUAUUCAACAAGGUAUAACAACACCAUAUGCUUAGACUGUAGAGAGGAGAACAGAUAUUGUAAUAUUUCCGAUACCGGAUACUUGUGCAAAAUAUCGUCCACAUUUGAUUCUGAAAGUGUUGGUUCAACUACGUUAUCUGAUACUCCGAUAAGUCGCGACUUGGAUGUAUGCCUUCCAGAGGGUUUAGACAUAAAAGAGGAACAUAUGGGUAAUUGCUGCGUUUGGUCACCGAAAAUUGGAUGUCAAAUAUUACAAAGAGACCGUGAACCCUAUGAAAAAUGUGACUACUGUGGACGGAAAUGUCCUUGCAAUUUGAAUGGAUUAUUUUCGCUGGCCACAAUUGUAAGAUCACAUUUAAUAUUGCAGAUAACUACAAGUAUUUGUUUGUUAUCUCAUUGAGAGC